CUGUGAUCCCAACUCAUGCAAGAAAUCCAACCUCAAAAUUCUUAGCAUUUUUUUUUCUAAGCUAUCACUAAUAGAAACCAUGGGGAAUUGCUUAGUCCUGCAAGAAAAGGUUAUCAAGGUCAUGAAACCAGAUGGGAAGAUCCUUGAAUAUAAAGCACCAAUCAGAGUUCAGCAAGUACUUUCAGAUUUUUCUGGUCAUGCAAUUUCUGAUUCACUUCACGCUUUCCAGCAUCACCUGCCAGAUACAAAAUUACUUGGUGGUAACUUGUACUAUCUUGUUCCUCUUCCUUUGCCAUCUCCACAAGCUAAGAAGAAAGUAAGAUUUUCCAUUCCAGAAGAUGGAGAUAAAAAAGAAAAGAGAGCAGUAAGAAUUAAAUUGAUCAUCAGUAAGCAAGAACUGCAAGAAAUGCUGCAGAAGGAAGGAGUUUCGGCUGAUUCUGUGUUUUCUCAGCUUCAGGAUCAACAGAGAGUAGAAAGAGUUGAUGAUACAUCUGAUACUGAUAAUAACCAUAAAGGUUAUUGGAAACCUGUACUAGAAAGCAUACCUGAAAUAUACUAGUAAACCAUAGCUUAAAUAAUUUUCCUUCAGUUAGUUUUAACAUACGAUAGGUAGUGUAUACAAGAAAGCUAAGGAAACACAUACAAUCUAGCUUAUCUUCUCGUUAAAAGUGUUUUAACAUAUACCUUCUUGCUUUCUUA